UAUAAUCUAUUUGUAUGUAUCUUUUAUUACGUGUAGGAUGAAUUUCACCCAUUCAUUGAGGCAUUAUUACCAUACGUCAAAUCAUUCUCGUACUCUUGGUUUAACUUGCAAGCUGCUAAACGAAAGUAUUACAAGAAACACGAGAAGCGCAUGUCGUUGGAAGAAGAAAGGCAUUGUAAGGAUGAGCUGCAGAAUGAAAAAACAGAAGUGAAACAGAAAUGGGCGUCGCGACUUUUGGGUAAACUACGAAAGGAUAUAACACAAGAAAGCCGAGAGGACUUUGUUCAAUCGAUUAUUGGAAAACGUAAAUCCAUUUGUGUGCUUUCGAAUCCCGAUCAAAAAGGAAAAAUGAGACGCAUCGACUGCCUAAGGCAAGCCGACAAAGUUUGGCGUCUUGAUCUUGUUAUGGUUAUACUCUUUAAGGCUAUACCAUUAGAGAGUACCGACGGCGAACGUUUGGAAAAGAAUCCUGAAUGUCUCCAUCCCGGUCUGUGUGUCAAUCCCUAUCACAUAAACGUUUCCGUGAGAGAGUUGGACUUGUAUUUGGCGAAUUUCAUCAACACGCACAAUUCAUCAAUAAAUAUGAUUGCCAGUUCAUUGUCUAGCACCCGAUCGGCCCAAGUUGCCGUUUGCAGUCUACACCGAAACAAUAAUAUACCAGUAGACAGAAAAGACGAUAAUGACAUUGAUGCGAAAACAAAAGGUCUUCGCCAUAAUCCAUACAAUGGUGUUGUUUGCAACGAUAUUAUCCUGGCCACCGGAGUUUUUUCAUCGCAGGAGCUCUGGACACUCUCUAAAGGUAAUGUGUAAAGCAUGUGGAGUAGG